AUGGCGGGCGGCACAGGCGAGAAGCUGACCACGGCGACCAUCAUCGUCGCAGGUGUCGCCGCGCUGGUAGCUACUUUCCUAUCAGCCAUGUCCAUCUUUCUCCAGUCGAAAAACUACCGAAAGCCUCUCCUUCAGCGAUAUGUCGUUCGAAUCUUGCUCAUGGUCCCCAUAUACUCGAUAUCGUCUUGGACAAGCAUGAUCUCUAUCAAAGCCUCGUCUUUCCUCGACCCUGUCCGAGACAUCUACGAGGCUUUCACCAUCUACACCUUCUUCCAGCUCCUCAUCAAUUAUCUCAGCGGAGAACGCGCUCUGAUUAUCAUGACCCACGGCCGGGAGCCAGUCUCCCACCUGUGGCCUUUGAACCAUGUGCUCCCCCGCGUCGACAUAUCCGAUCCUCACACAUUCCUCGCAAUCAAACGCGGCAUUUUACAGUACGCAUGGUUGAAGCCCAUUCUGGCUUUGGCCACCGUCAUCAUGAAGGCCACAGAUACCUACCAGGAGGGCUACAUCGGUGUCGAGUCGGGCUACCUGUGGAGCGGUAUCAUCUAUAACAUCAGCAUGACGGUGAGCUUGUACUCGCUCGGUUUGUUCUGGGUCUGCAUGCACCACGAUCUGCUGCCCUUCCGUCCUGUACCCAAGUUCUUGUGCAUUAAGCUCAUCAUCUUUGCCUCGUAUUGGCAAGGGUUCUUCCUGUCCAUCCUCGUCUGGCUGGGAGCCAUCCCGGACAACGUAGAGGGUUACAGCCCCGACAACUUGGCCGCUGCCAUCCAGGACGCUCUGAUCUGCAUCGAGAUGCCGGCGUUCGCCAUCGCUCAUUGGUAUGCCUUCUCAUGGCAUGAUUUCGCCGAUAAUAGCGUUUCAUCGGCGCGAAUGCCCGUCAAAUUUGCGUUCCGCGAUGCGUUUGGUGUCAAGGAUCUCAUUGAAGAUUCCAAAGAGACGUUCAAGGGUGAUAAGUAUGGCUACCGUUUCUUCGACUCGGGCGACAAGAUCAUGGCGCACGAAGAGUCUCGCGCCAGGUUGGGCAGACUCGACGAAGGCAUGCGAUACACAAGAGGCGGUAAGGCAAAGUAUUGGAUCCCGACACCCGGCCAGGUCGACCGUCAGACGAACCGUACCUUGAAUGAGCGAGACCCGUUGCUUCAAGGAACCGCGGGCGGCCCGAGUGAAGAGUACAACUCCGCCAACGGCACCUUCAAUGAAGGUCUCGGUGGCGAGCCGGAGAUGGAUAAUGACGACGAACGACUCUAUGGUAAAGCGCGUGAGUUGGAGUUUGGCGAUUGGAAUUAUCCCGUCAUCACUGCAAAUGUGCCCCUGAGUCAACGGUACAUGUCCUCUCAGGGAAGCCUAGGAUUCGUGUCCGAGCCACGGUCGACGGUUGAGCGUCUGCGAGUGUCUCCUCGGCCUCGCGAGCCGGCUCUUGUCACGAGCAAGAAGAAGAAGAAACAGAAACAGAAGCAAGUUGCUGCUGCCGAGACAGCAGGCUCGGCAUCGUCCCCCGAUCGUGCCAGUUCGGGACCUUCAUCCAAGCCUCAAAGCCCAUCCCCUAGGCCGACAAAGGCCCCCAUUGCAGCCGAGAAAGAGCCCGAACCGGAAACGAGUGUACAUAACCCCUACAGCGAGCCGGAAGAGUCUCCCCUUUUGCAAGAAGCUACGGCAUCGCCAUGGGCGGAGAGCGAGCAAGAGAAUGAUUUCAACAAGAACUUUGGUGUCGGGGACGACGACGAGAUCAACAAGAAUGUUUGGGGCGGUGGCGAGUCCUGUUGA